CGACGGCCUCGUCAAGAAUGUCCGCUUUUACCGAGCGGCUGUGCAACAGCCACGCGGAAAUCGGACACCAUUAUCACCGUGCUGUGUAGAUGCCGAACAUGUAUCCAAGUUAACUCUCAACGUCCAGGAUGGCUGGUGCUGGUUAUGGCCUGCUGGGAGCGCACGGGAAUCCGCCACCGGUGCGUCCGAGCCAGAGAGCGGUGUCCUGACGGGCUAGUUGGCUCUAACUUCUGGACAUGAAGACGAGACCGGCGGGCAUCGGCAAUGUCAAUGCCGACUGGAUGGCCUCGCUGCCCUCCAAACUCAGUGCCAUGCCCCUCAAACACCUCGCUGUGCCAGGUUCUCACGAUUCUUUCACUUUCUGGGUGGAUGUGCAUGCACCCGUGGGCCCCGAUCAAAAGGUGUACGUAAAGUACCUGGCCACUAUGUUCAGCGUCUUGGCCAAAAAGGUCAUGGUGAAGUGGUCCAUGACACAGAACCUGACGUUUAGAGAGCAGCUAGAUGCAGGGAUCCGUUAUUUUGAUCUCAGGGUGUCCUCUAAACCUGGUGAAGCUGGACAUGAGAUCUACUUCAUCCAUGGCCUCUUUGGACACAAGGUGAGGGAUGGCCUGCUGGAGAUCAGUUCCUUCCUUACCAGACACAGGAAAGAGGUAGUAUUUUUGGACUUCAAUCACUAUUAUGCAAUGGAGGAAGAGCACCAUGGGUACCUCAUCAACAUGCUCCAGGAUGUCUUUGGCACUAAACUGUGCAAUAACUGUGCCGUGGAGAGCGUAACUCUGGACUUCCUCUGGGAGAAAAAGUACCAGGUGAUUGUGUUUUAUCAUCAUCCUUCAGGACAGGGUAUCCCUGUCAUGUGGCCGGGAACCAAAAUCCCUGCACCGUGGGCGAACACCACAGAGCCCAACAAGCUUAUACAGUUCCUUGAAACUACACUGAAGGCAAGGGCCAAGCAGGGAUCCUUCCACGUUACCCAGGCCAUACUCACCCCGACACCCAACACCGUGACGAAGGGCCUGCUCUGGGGGCUACGUAGCUACCUGGUAGAGAGAAAUCUGCCCACUAUCAUGUCUUGGGUUGAGACUCAGAAACCUGGAGUGGAUGGAGUCAACAUCAUCACCUCUGACUUUGUGGAUCUCACUGACUUUGCCAACAUCGUCAUCAAACUCAAUAACCUGCUGAUGACUGAACGGGAUCGAAGAUGAAACCCCCCCCAGGUUAUCUUGAUGGUGGACAGAAGUUACUGAUGGCAGAUAAUAUUAUAUCAUGACUUUGAUUCCGGUAUUAUUAUUUUUUUUUUAUUAUUGUUCACAAGCAACUUUUCUGAUGCUGAUAGAUCACAAUUUCCUUAUUCAAGUACAACCAAAGACCCAAGUUCCUCUGACAUCAUAAAGCCUUUAAAUCUACCAGGAACUCAUCAUUUAGUGGUAGUGAGCUCUCUCAGCUUCAAUGUUAUGAACAGACUCCAGAAGACUCAAAGAAGCCAGAGCUUAGAUCAGUCAAAACCAGGAAUGCCUCGCAGCAUUUUUUCUUUUUCUUUUUAAAACCUUUCUCAUAAGUCAGUUCCUGUCAUACCAAAGCUCAAGCUGUAGUUACUAUUUCCCUACUGGAAACAAGUCGUAUUGCUGCUAUGAAAUUUAAUUGCUACAUAGAUCACUCGACUGGCAACUUCUUGGAUCAUUAUAUUAAAGAGAGACAGGAGCGCAGCGUAGGAUGCUACACUCAGAUGUUCCUUGUUUACACGCUGCAAGUAUAUUUUAAUUCAAAACCAGCGCACAUGUGACAGAAAAUCUCCAACAUGAUGUCUGCAGUGCUGGAAACUCGAUAGUGUUUGUUAACAUUUGACAGUGAACUAAAGUAGAGUUUUUAACUGCAUUUUAUUUUUCCUUUCACCCAGUAAUGAAAUAAACUCAGAAGGGGGGGCGGGGGGCGCACAUACUGUAGUUAUCUGGUUCUUUUUGAUUACACAGUCUCUUAAACUAAGUCAUGUGUUGUGAAAGAGGAGCCCGUUGUUGCCAGUGCUGUCUCAACACUCGUGGUAUUUAACAAGAGCUGCAUAAAGUGGCACCUUCUGAGGGAAAGCCAAAUGUGUGUGCAACCUGUGCCACGUAUCUAAUAAAACAUGUACAAAUAAAUAGCUAUACAUUUUUAAGGUUGUACUUUGUUUUUUCUUGGACCCAGAAGUACAAUUGUCUCAGGUUGGUGGAAUGUUGAGAAAUAUGCUCAGAGGAGCCAAAAUAUAUGAGCACGUACGGCGGCUUUCAGGUCUUGGUGCACGCUAUCUGCAUCAGUGUGUCCACAGUGUUUGUGCCUCGGAGGCCCCUGUGAUUAUCAUGCAUGACAUAGGCGGUAGUGCCGUGACAGUCGCCGUGCAUUCUUGUGGUCAGGGUGAGGAGAGGGAGAGGAGGAGAGCAAGACAGCCGAGGGAAGGAGAUUUACAGAGCACAGAGGAGCAAAGGGAACUGGAAAGCAGAGAGAAGAAAAUAACAGACUCCAGUCGGAGUUGCUGGUGAGGAGAGACUAUCAGACGGGAAGGGAAGAAUUUCAUCAGACCGGAGCGCGGGGUCAGCUGGAUAAGGCGUUCAUGCCUCGCCGGCAUCUGAAAGGGAAACGAAAUGUUUUCUUUUUAUAACAACAGUGCACCUCCUCUUUCCCUCUGCGUGACGCGCACGUGUGAAAUUGCCUGCGCCGUCCAGGCCUCACUGUUGACAGGACUGAAUGCGGCCACCGAGCACUGUGAGGUCCACGCACACACUUACGUGACAAAGGCACUUUAAUUGAGGAGUAAUUACACAUACCAUGGCAGGCAAGUGGGAGCGAGAGAGUGGCAGAUUGGACGGAGAGCAUUCCUCUGUUGUUUGGAUUGGUCCUCUCUCUCCCUCCACUGUAUCCCAGCUGGAUUCCCAGGUUUCAAAGGCGAAGACAACAACUCAAGCAAGAGUUUCAGAUCCUAAUAAAGCCUUAAAGUAAUAAAACUGCCCCCUCCUGCAUCUAUUUUACUCUUCACACUGGUUUGUUUCAUUAUUUCCAAUUUGUCAUUUCUCUCUUAUCACAUUCAACACUUGUGUGUCCUCUUCAUCCACACUGUAUGUUAAAAACGUGUUCCCAAAUUAGAAAACAUCAUCAUGUUCAAAGACGGAGCAACUUGUUGGCAUUUGAAAAACAAAGAGGUUUAACUCAGACAAAGUUAAUAGUUUAAUGCUUAACAGAUGAGUAAAUUGGGUUUCAGUUCAUUGAAUCUCUGCUGUUUCUAUUGUGUGAUGUCAUCUACUAGAGCUGACUGACUCUAACAUUUAUUAGUCUCAGAUUUGUUAGUGUUCCUCCUCAGACUGUGAUGACUGUGAUAUUUAAACAGCUGCACAAGCAAAUUAAACUGCAUCUGAUGACCGUCUGUUUUAUGUGGGGAUUAGAGGUCAGAGAAGAAAGGAGAAGAAAGGAACAAAACGUGUAGAAAUACACUGCAGCAGGCCACUGCAAACUCAACUUCACUUUAUACACAAACAAAAAUCGAUUUAAAGUCAGUUACAUUCAAUUAUGUGCCAUUACAUUUUUAUUGAAAGCAUGUGAACUGGAGCCGUUCCUCAAAGUCUCACAUCAAAAACGAUAAGAGGGAUUCCACUGAGAUCAAAUGAGCCAUCAAGCAAUCAAGAAUAAUUUCAUUUGUGGCCGUUUCAAUUGAAAGCACUGCCGAUAAGUGAUAAGCGGCUUAAAAGAGUGGUCUCUUCUUU